CUUCCUGUUUUGGCUGCUGCUUUAACUAUGCUUUUAACUGAUCGUAAUUUUAAUACAACUUUCUUUGACCCUGUAGGUGGGGGUGAUCCUAUUUUGUACCAACAUUUGUUCUGGUUUUUUGGUCAUCCUGAGGUUUAUAUUCUUAUUCUUCCAGGUUUCGGUAUUAUUUCUCAUACUGUUAGUUUUUAUAGUAAUAAGACUGAGCCUUUUGGUAGUUUGGGUAUGAUUUACGCCAUGAUUUCUAUUGGUGUUUUAGGUUUCAUUGUUUGAGCCCACCAUAUGUUUACGGUUGGGUUGGAUGUUGACACACGUGCUUAUUUUACUGCUGCUACUAUAAUUAUUGCUGUUCCCACGGGUGUUAAGGUUUUUAGUUGAUUGGCUACCAUACUUGGGGGUAAGUUAGAUUUUAGCCCUUCUUUUUACUGGUCGGUGGGUUUUGUUUUUCUUUUUACUGUUGGUGGAUUGACUGGUGUUACUUUAUCUAACUCUUCUCUUGAUGUUAGGCUUCAUGAUACUUAUUAUGUGGUUGCCCACUUUCACUAUGUUCUUUCUAUGGGUGCAGUUUUUGCUAUUAUAGCGGGGAUUACACAUUGGUUUCCGUUUGCUUAUGGUUUGUCUAUAAAUCCCUAUCUGCUGAGGGGUCAGUUUUGAAGUAUGUUUUUAGGUGUUAACUUGACUUUUUUUCCUCAGCAUUUCUUAGGCCUUAAUGGCAUACCUCGACGUUAUUGUGAUUAUCCGGAUAGUUUUACUUAUUGGAAUACUGUUUCUAGGGUUGGUAGUAUUAUUACUAUUUUUUCUAUUGUUUUUCUUGUUUAUAUUGUUUGGGAGUCUUCUUCCAGUUCCCGGGGUUUAUCUUCUUUCGUUUCUUCGGAUUCUAUUAAUGAAUUAAUAAUUGAUUCUCCUUUUCCGCCACACACUAAUGUUGAGUCUUGUAGAGUUGUUGGUGGUGUUGUUAUUAUUUAGUUUUUAAAAUGCCUAGAUGAUUGUCUUUGGGUUUUCAAGAUAGUAGUUCUUCUGGUAUAGGUGAGCUUUCUUGUCUUCAUGAUCAUGUAAUAACUAUUAUAUUUAGUGUUAUUAUUCUUAUUUCUUAUAUUAUGUUUUACUUGCUUGUAAAUAUUAAGUAUUACAAGUUUUUAUCUGAGGGCACUUUUAUUGAGACUAUUUGGUCUAUAAUUCCCGCUUUUUUACUAAUUGUGUUAGUUUUACCUUCUAUGAGAGUUUUGUACAUAGUGGAGGACGUUAAAUCUCCUGUUUUGACAUUUAAGGUUGUUGCUCAUCAAUGAUAUUGAAGUUAUGUUGUUCCUUUGUUUAAGAAUUUUUCUUUUUUUACUGAUGGUGGGGAUAAGUUUUGUUAUUAUGAGUUUGACUCUAUAGGGGAUAGGUAUGACCCUGAUGGGUGUUCUCCUCGUUUAUUAGGUUGCUCUUCUGAUUUUUUUAUUCCUGUUAAUACUACCUCUCGUCUUUUAAUUACUUCUACGGAUGUAAUUCAUUCUUUUGCUUUGCCUUCUCUUGGUUUGAAGGUUGAUGCUCUUCCCGGGCGUAUUAAUCAGUUAUUUACUAACUCUUCUCGUGUGGGUUAUUUUUUUGGUCAAUGCUCUGAGAUUUGUGGCUCUAACCAUUCUUUUAUGCCUAUUAGUCUUAAGGUUUGUUCCUUAUCGGAUUUCGAUUCUGUUUCUAAGAGGUAUAUUCUUGAUCUUUUAGGGGAUUCUUUAGUUUUUUACUUUUAGUUUU